CUACGUGGCGACAAUGACCAUCGCUUGCAUUGGCCUUCCUUUGACGUUUGUGGCUAUCUUCGCUAUUUGUUUACUGGUACGAAAGGAUCACGUUGCUCCAAUAUACGUCAUCAACCUUCUCAUUUCUGACCUUAUUCAGCUCAGUGGCAUGAUCUUAAUGUCGCAUGGUAUCAGCACCAUCUGUCGGCCAAUUAUUUUAAUUCAUGAGUUUGGAGUGACAGUCAGCAUUUUCUUCAUGGUGGUCAUCUCUCUGGAAAGGUAUUUAAUCACUGCCUGGCCACUGUGGUACAAAUUCAAACGAAACAUCAAGACAUCUGUGAUCGUCUCUGUGGUCGUCUGGCUCCUUCCUCUUUUAUACCUCCCAAUCGUUUUCUUUGCCAAUGAUUACACAGAAACCAUCAUUGCAUGUUUCCUGCUCCUCCCAUUCCCCCUGCUCAUAUUCUUCCUGGGUGGAACUCUCAAAGCUCUGUCUUCAGCCCGCAGUGUCCCUUCUGAUGAAAAACGACGCAUUGUAGCAGUUCUGGUCCUGGUUUUGCUGAUUUACACUCUGCUGUUUCUUCCGCGAGUAAUUCUUUCCUUGUCAGAAAAGGUCAAAGGAUAUCGAAACAUUGAAAUAUUGACCGUGCUUCCACUUUUCUUCAGUCCUCUGGCCGAUCUGUUUCUGUAUGUUUUCAUACGGAAAGGGAUCUGUGACAAACUUUUGGCCUCUCUGUGUUGUUUUAAAAUGGACCAUGAUGAUGUCAGAACAUCGGUGGAGAACGUUGUCAGGUCACUGACACAGUGGUGUCAAGAGAACAGCCUGGCUUUAAACGUCAGCAAGACCAAGGAGCUGAUCGUGGACUUUAGGAGAUCAGAGAGAGAGUACGCACCUCUAAUCAUCAAUGGUGCUGCUGUGGAGCAGGUCAAAGACUUCAAGACUUCCUCGGAAUUCACAUAUUGA